ACAGUUUCCUGGAAAGAGCAGAACUACUUGUUGUCAAAGGAGUGUUUGGCAACGGAAGAAACCCCUAGUUUUCUUUUCUUCCUGAGCAAAUGAUAUUUUACAGAAUAGAACAAAGAGUAAAAACCCCUGCCACAAAUUUCUUGAUUUUACUUGUUCUUUCUCAUCGAUUUGAAUGAAUACCCGUUGAUACUCUUCAAAGAGUCAAUAUCCCCAAUUCUUCUUUCCCUUUUGCCCUUAAAUUUCUGGGGUUUUCUUCCAUUUCGAAAUGGACGGAAACAAAGACGAGGCUGUGAAGUGCUUGAAAAUCGGGAAACAAGCGUUGGAAGGUGGCGAUCGAACGCGGGCCCUCAAAUUCAUCACCAAAGCUCGCCGUCUCGAUCCCGCGCUGCCCGUCGACGAUCUCUUAUCGGCGAUAGAGAACGAAUCCAAUGGGCCUGCCGAUCGACCGGCCCAAUACUCUAAUGGACCCGCUAAAGGCCCAUCCGAGUCGCCGCCAUCAUCGAAGCCGGCCGAUCAGCCCUCGCUCCGCCACCGAGUGCCUCCGGCGGGGCCGUCUUCGUCCGCCUCGGCCUCGUACACGGAGGAGCAAAUCGCGGUGGUGAGGCAGAUCAAGAAGAAGAAGGACUACUACGAGAUUCUGGGGUUGGAGAGGACUUGCACCGUCGAAGACGUGCGAAAAGCCUAUCGAAAACUCUCUUUGAAGGUCCACCCCGAUAAAAACAAGGCCCCGGGUGCAGAGGAAGCCUUCAAGGCCGUUUCCAAGGCCUUUCAGUGUCUCAGCAACGUAGAGAAUAAGCGAAAGUACGACAUUUCCGGGUCCGACGAGCCCGUCUACGAGCGGCGAGCCGCCCAUCGUGGCGCUCCGCAAGGGUACAAUGGGUUCUAUGAUGAGUUUGAUGCGGACGAGAUCUUUAGGAACUUCUUUGGAGGAAUGGCUCCAGCGACCACACAGUUUCGCGGGUUUAGUUUCGGGCCUGGAACGGGGCCUAGGACCGCUGAUAACGGCUCUGGUGGUGGGUUCAAUGUGAGGAUGCUAAUUCAGUUGCUGCCCGUGCUGCUUAUUGUGCUUCUCAGCUUCUUGCCAUCGUCCGACCCCAUUUAUGCGCUUACGCGGUCUUAUCCAUAUGAGUACCGGUUUACUACGCAAAAGGGUGUCAAUUAUUAUGUUAAGUCGACCAAGUUUGAGCAGGAUUACCCCUCGGGCAGCGGGGAACGUGUGUCCUUUGAAGGGAAGGUUGAGAGGGAGUUUUUUGCUUUACUGGCGCAGAAUUGCCGGCUUGAGAUUCAGCGUCGCCAGUGGGGAUUUAUUCGUGAGACACCGCAUUGUGACAGGUUACAGCAGUUUGAGACUGUGGCUUGACGAAUUGGAUCAAGAUUGUUUGUUCAUUGCCACUGGUUUAGAAUUAAUAUUUCUUACUCUGAAGAAUGCUUGGGGACUGGAAACUGCACAAGAGAUGAAGGGUUAUGGUUGUGACAUUUCAGUUGCCCGCCUUUAGCUUUUUAUAUCUAGUGCCACAAGCUUCUGGUGUAAUUAUACCAUGCGCCAUGAAUUUUGUAAUAUUAUUGUCUUUAACUCUCUUUGAAUGCCAUAAACAUAUCCAGCGAAUUUAAAACCUAAUCCAUUUUUAAGGUUCUAUACAUACGAUGUUGGCUAUAGUUUUUUUCAUUACUCUCUCUCUCUCUCUCUCUCUCUCCCAGAAUUGAAAGCUUCGGACAGGAAAAAGAAUAGCUAUUAUUAAGAAUAAAAUAGUUGUUCUUAUUCAUUAAUUUGAUUGUAAUAUUUGAAUAGAAUCCCGAAUAUGUAUUUUUUACUGUUUGGUAUAGUGCAAUAUGUUGUUUAA